UUCAAUUGAAAACUGUGAUUGGUUUUGGAUUGGUUAGUGUUUUAUAUACCUUGGGUCUUGGGAUGGGCUUUAUAGGUUUUAUAUCAAUAUACCAAAGCGCCGUAUGUGCUGAAGUCUCCACUUAUCACAUGAGAUAAGAUGUGAUGUAUAGCUGCUUGGAAGAAGCAAAUGUGUUUCUUAGUAUGCACCUGCAGCAAAGAUUGAUGAACAAUAAGAAGUUUGUAUUUCUUGUUCUUGGUUGUAGCCUGUUCAAAUAACAGUGUUUUCAAUCUGUGACUUAGUGUGAGUGUGUAAUGGCACACUCAUGCUAUGGAGAAAAUAUUGAGGCAUAUGAAGUGCUUGAUCCCAUAGGCAAAGGAGGCUUUGCUUGUGUAUACCAAGCAAGAUGCAAGUGGACUGGGGCCCAUGUGGCCAUAAAAAUGAUCGACAAACAGCUGAUGAAGGCUGCGGGGAUGGUGGAGCGCGUGCGACAGGAGGUGCAGAUUCACUCGCGCCUAAAGCACCCCAGCAUCCUGGAGCUGUACACGUUCUUCGAGGACGAGAGUGCAGUCUACCUGGUUCUGGAGCUGUGCACCAACGGCGAGCUGGGCAAGUACGUCCGCAGCAAGGGCUCACUGACUGAGGACGAGGCGCGCGGCUACGUGCGGCAGAUCGUGGACGGCAUGCUGUACCUGCACUCCAACAAGAUCCUGCACCGCGACUUGUCACUGUCCAACCUGCUGCUCGACAGCCGCUACCGCGCCAAAAUCGCCGACUUCGGCCUGGCCACGCAGCUGAGCUCGCCGGAGGAGCGGCACAAGACCAUGUGCGGCACGCCCAACUACAUCUCGCCAGAGGUGGCCACGCGCAGCUGGCACGGCAUGGAGGCCGACGUGUGGGCGCUGGGCUGCAUGCUGUUCACCAUGCUGGUGGGCCGGCCGCCGUUCGACACGGACGGCGUGCGCAGCACACUCACCCGAGUGGUGAUGUCGGACGUGCGCAUCCCGCCGACCGUGAGCGCCGAGGCGGCCGGCCUCAUCACGGGCCUGCUGCGGAAGCGGCCCACCGAGCGGCUGCCUCUGACGGCUGUGCUGCAGCACCCGUUCAUGACGGUGGGACGCGCCGCGCCGUCGGCGGCCGGCACUCGCAGCUGGUCGGCGGCAGACAGCGGCGUCGGCUCGGUGCUCACCACCAACACCACCAGCUCGGCGGAGCAGACGCGGACGCGCCGGCCGCCGCGCGUGCACAGCCUGGACCGGGGGCUCAGCCGGCGGCAGCAGGACGGCGCCGCCAGGGAGGCCGCCCUACCGCCGGCCGGCAUGGCGCACCUGCGGCGCCGGUUCGAGCCGCUGCCGGCCCGGCCGCUAGCGCCCAUGCCGCCUGAGGAGGCGGCGCCGCGCGAUCGGCCGAGCGGCCGGCGGCCCGAGCAGGCCGCCGCCAGCCACCGCAGCUGGUGCGAGCGGCCGCCGCAGCAGGAGGAGUGCUCGUGCCGCUCGGCGUCCCGGUCGGCGCGCUCGACGGACCAGUGCCGCUCCAACACCGGGGACGUGCUGCAGGGUCUCCAGCCGCCGGGCGGCGAGUCGCGACCGCCCAUCUCACCGCUCAACACCCGCCGCCUGAAGCCGACCCGGCAGCGCACCAAGAACGCGGUGCUAACGCUGGCCGACGACGGCGAGGUGUGUCUGGAGUUUGUGCGCCGCCGCCAGGGCCGCGACGCCGUGGUGGACGUCUGCCGGAUCACCUCGGACGGGCAGCGGAUCGUGGUGUACCAGCCGGACGGCGGCGGACCGGUGCCGGUGGGCACUGCGCCGCCGCCGAUGCCCCACUCCGGCGCCGACGCCUUCUAUAGCUACCAGACACUGCCCAGCAAACACUGGAAAAAGUACAUCUACGCCGCCCGUUUCGUGAAGCUGGUGAAGACCAAGACUCCCAAGCUGACGCUGUACACGGACCGGGCCAAGUGUGUGCUGAUGGAGAACGGACCGGUGCCCGACUUCGUGGCCAGCUUCUACGACGGUUGCCAGGUGGCGCGACUGUCGGAGAAGGUGACGCUCACAGAGCCCGGCCGCAAGCCGUACACGCUGGAGGACGUGGGCGGGCCGCCGUGCCUCUCAGAGACGGGCCGCUGCAUCUGGGAGCACUACCGCCAGUGUCUGAGCCACUGUCAGCAGCUGGAGGCGGCCCUGGAGCGGCUGCAGUCGGCCACCGGCACCGCCGCGCCGUUCGACUGUUUCCCGGCCAUCAUCGGGCGCCGUCCGUCGAGCUCGGACGGCGGCUCGUCACCGCGUCACGACCAGGAGAACCGCAGUCCGCUGACGCUACAGCGCGGUGCCAGCCAGCUGGGCGCCAUGCGCUCGUUCGACGGCUCGGUGGUUAGCGGUCGGACGGCGUCGUCGGCGCCGGCGGCCGCUGCGGGGAAGGCGGCGCGGCGCGCCCACUUCCCGGGCGUGGGCACGGCCACCCAGCUGCCGGACGGCCGGCUCCAGGUGACCUGUGAGGACGGCACCGAUCUGACGAUCGAGCCGCGAUCGGGCGCCGUCCAGCUGCGCGACACGGACGGCCGGCUGCGCCACUACGGCAAACAUGACGCGCUGCCGAGCCGCAUUCGCCGAGUGAUGCAGCAGCUGCCGCACAUCGUGCAGACCAUUGUGGGUGGGGACGCGCGGCCGCGGCACCCUCUGCGCGACUGAGACCGGCCGCGGCGCGCUGCGGACCCAGAGUGGCGGCCCGGGAUCAUCAGAUCGAGGUGGGUCGGACGGCCAUGUCUGGUGGUUCGUGCUCCCCAGUGUGAUCAGUGUCUAAGCAGUGAUGCCCUGGGCUUGUCACUGGGUCAGUGGGCUGUGCCGGUCACUGCCAGAUCGUACUUACUGCGGAGGAUGUAAGUAUAUGACAUUCGCUUCAGCCAAAAAUGAACAGAACCCUACCGUGCGCUGGCGAAAGUGGCAGUGCAAUAUCCGAAAGGUUUGCGCUUGUCGCUGUGGUCUUCCAUUUCAUAUAUGAAUAGCUCAUACGUUUCAUGUUCAUGUUGUGAUGUUCGCGUGUCAUUCAUUCUCAUCGUAAGCUUGCAAAGGUCGAUCGCAGAGUACAACUUGGCUGCUUUUCUUUGUCAAGGUCGUUAGGGGUUCCCUCUGCCACAGGAAUGAAAUAUUUGCCUGCCAGAUGCAUUCCGUAAAGAAUAUGCUUGUAUGCCCGUUGCAACGUUAGUGGUUGUUUUUAGUAUUCAAGCGAAAUUACAAGUGUAGCCUACCACUGGCGUUCCGUAUCGCGAAGUGAGGAUGGGGUUUCACAGCGCGAGCUAUAUUAGUUAUGUUCACCUUAGCUUAGGCAAACACACAUAAGUUGGUAAAUACAACCGUAACGUUACGUGCGCAGCACAUCUAUUGUUUUAUCGUUUGAAACCUCGGACCGGGCAUCGAGCAUUUGCCUACAGCCAGGCUGGCACUGACACAGGUACGAGACUACAUGUGAAGUGCAAUAAAUAGUUACAAACCAAUCCACUAGCGUUAUCCAGCGCACUGGAGAGGCCAAUUGAAGGAGCUUGGAAUUUUCCGAAUGAAACUGCACUUCGACAAUGCCCUAGGGUCAGCCGCGCUAAGGCCACGAUUAUUUAGGCGAGGCUUUCAAAGUUUCUCAUGCCUGACUUAUCACUGCCGUACUUUUCGUUGGCGUGCUCAUCGGUGUCAGGUCGGGGUCACCGAAAGCGGGGCACGAUAACGUCACAUGAUAUUUGUGAAUGAUAAACACUGUAUUGUUACAUACAAUAACGUCAAAAGGCGGAUAUAAGGCGCACAUCGUCGUUUGUACAUUUUCAGCAUAACAACAGACUAACACGGCUCAUAAAUACAUGUCUAAUGUAACUAUCCUUGCUAGACUAUUCAGCACUCGUGGCUACUACAAGACCUUUGGCCUGGAUCACGUCAGCCCAUCUUCCUACCCCGCUGGGACGCGCUCGAAGGAAACAAUGAUCUCAGCCUCAUGCACAGAGUAUCUUCUAAAUGUUCUUUAUGUCACUUCGCCGUUCACUGGACGAGGCCAGCGCCACGUUCGGGCACAUUGAUGCGCUGUUUGGUGUGACAACCGUGAACCACGCCCCGGCCCCUGUUUGUUCCGGUUUGGCCGUGACGGUCCCGUAAACGCGAUACAUUUGAAACCUGAGUGACGACGCCUGCCGAGAAACGGUACCGGCGGACGCCGGACUGCGGACACAAGUGACAGGAACACAAUUCAGUUUACACUUGCCACACAAGUAACUGAAAUAAGGAGCCGGAUGACCAUUCCUGUCAGUAACAUCCGCUAUCGGCACGACUAGAGCAAAGGAUAUCGACGGCAUGCGGGUAGUGGGACUCUUCCGUUGUCUUACGGUGGUAUUUACCCUUGAGUUGAGUUGAGAGUUGAGCCCAAUAGCUUCAUUUUGACAGCAAACCAUGUUUAAAUUAUCUCCAAAAUUGACAUUCCUAAAUCCCACCCCACUGAGGCCAGUGUUGCUAGUAAAACUACGCACAUCACUGUCGGUCUUAACAGCACAGCCUGAAGUGAAAUGUGAACACCAUCUCUGCACCACAGGAAUGUACCCAAUCCAACCCAGUUCCCUUCUCGAUGAUAACAUUUCAGCGUCCCCUGAGCCUCAGCCGGCUAGCCAAGUCCGCUCCUCUUCCGAGUCUUCCGGUGGGCUGGUGUAGAAAAGGAACCAUCUCAAUAACUCUGCUCUCUUUCUAUGCGAAUGG